AUGGCAUUGAUAGCAGCUACCAGAGAUCAAGUAAUGGAAUUGAAAGCAGCUACCACAGAUCAGGUAAUGGGAUUGAUAGCAACUACCACAUAUCAUGUAGUAGGAUUGAUAGCAGCUACUAGAGAUCAGGUAAUGGGAUUGAAAACAAAUACCAAAGAUCUAGUAAUGGGAUUGGUAGCAGCUACUAGAGAUCAGGUAAUGGAAUUGAAAGCAGCUGCCAGAGAUCAGGUAAUGGUAUUAAAAGCAGCAACCAGAGAUCAGGUAAUGAAAUUGAUAGCAGCUACUAAAGAUGAGGUAAUGGGAUUGAAAGCAGCUACCAGAGAUCAGGUAAUGGGAUUGAUAGCAGCUACUAGAGAUUAG